AUGUUCACCCCCUUCAGGCCCGACGAGUUCGCCUCGCGAAGCCUCCCGCCGUCACUUCCGCUGUACGCAUGGCCGAAUUCUACCCUGACCGAGCUGGCCGAGCAGAUCGCCGCUGAAGAUCCGUCGCUGCUGCCCAGCCCGUCCGUCGGCACGAGGCUUGCUUUCCGACUGAUCUACCCCGACCGCCGGAGCACAACCGGUGCGGCCGCCGCCCAUCAGAUACAACCUCGAUUCAUGGUGAGAGAUCUAGGGAGCGUGGUACUAGGCGGAGAGGCCGCGAUGCUCGCCGUGGCCAACGGCGAGGAAGGGGAGGGGGAGGACGUCGACAUGUCGGGGACCGCGGCGUUUCCGGCUGCGGACACGUCGACGACGGACAAGACGCUCGGGGAGGCCAAGUUCGUGGUCGGGGACUACGUUUCGUGCGCCAUCCUGCCGCCGCUGCCUGAUGGUUCCGUGGCGCCGGCGAUGACGGCGAGGAAUGACAGGCCGGCGGGGCCGAGGGGGCCGGCUCCUGGACAGCCGCCGCAUAACGUGCGACGAGACGCGGGGUUUGGAGGACGUCAGGGACGAGACUGGGAGCGGCGACGCUCUGGGCCCGGGGACGGAGGGUUUCCGGAGGGCGAGUGGAGGAGGGGCGAACGACUUCCCGAUGAUGGCCCUGAUCGGUCUCGGGGGAGGGGCAGGAGAGACCGGUGGUGA